CCUCCUAUAACUUCCUCUCUCUCUCUCUCCUCUCCCUUCUGUCUUCGCGUAUCUCUCUCUAUAUUCCCGGCGGCCAGUGUUGCAGUCUCAACCUUUGGACAAUCAGAGAAUGGAUUCCACUAUAAAGCAUGCUGUGGUGGUGAAAGUUAUGGGUCGGACUGGGUCUCGAGGGCAGGUGACUCAAGUGCGAGUCAAGUUUCUGGAUGACCAGAAUCGGUUCAUUAUGAGGAAUGUCAAGGGGCCAGUGAGGGAGGGGGAUAUCCUGACCUUGCUCGAGUCUGAGAGGGAAGCAAGAAGGUUGCGUUGAUUGGAGAUGGGUCUUCUUUGGUGAAGCUCCUACCUCUCCCUGUUUGAUGUUUUGGUUACUCGCAUAAGACUGUUGUUUGUGUUGGUGCAGUGCAGGGCAGUUGUGUUGCCAAUUUAUGCACUCAUUUUGUCUGUUUAUUUAUCAUGACUCUGAGUGUGUGUGUGUGUUAUUAGCUGAUGGAAUUUCUAGUAUAUGUCUGGUUAAUAGUUGAACAUGGUGGAUGUGUCUGUUUAGUUUGGAUCCUGCAACUUUAUAUGGAUUACUAUUUUAUUUCA